GUAUACUACUUCUUUUACAGGACGAAUUAUGGGAGGAAGUAAUAAAGCAGCUCCCAAUUGUUCAGGUUCAAUUGUUUCGGUCCUCAAAAGUUGUCAAAAGAAUGGGCAAAGACAUGGCGUGAUUGGAAAUCCAAUCUAUUAAAAAAAAGUGGCCGCACUUAAAAGCUAUGCAGCGGAUACUGGAGGAGGACCACCAAAAAUUUUGGAUACAAGUCCGUCCGAAGAUAACCUAUUGGAAUUUUUUACACCUGAAGCCAGUGGAAUGCUUAAUAUUCCCGAAGGAGGAAUUCUUGGCAAUGAUAAUGAUUCAUUUUUAUUUGGAAGACCUACUCUAAAUAAGUUUGCACAAAGUCCGAAGGAGUCCUCACAAAGUGAACAUUUCUUCCACAGCGACGUGAUGAGCGUUGAUACUGAUUAUACAGAAACAGAUACAGAUACAGAGAAUGUUCCAAUAAAUAUAUCUUGCAAUGUACUUUCUUCGAUACAAAAUAUACAACAGACACCAAAACAAAUACAUUGCAUUAAUCCCAGUAUGCUAUCAAUAAAAAACAAGUGGACAUAUCCUGAGGACGGAGAUUCUGGUAAGAAAAUGAAGCAAAACAUAAAGCAGCACACCUUCGACAACUCUAAUAUUCAGCAGCAAAUGUCUAAACUACAAGAGGAAAAAAUGGCUCUAGCUAAAAAAAGACUUUAAUGCGGAAACAAGAAAAUGAACAUGCAGAACAUCAAACAUUUAUUUGAGCAGUAUAUCUUGGACAAUUCUAAUAUUCAACAGCAAAUGUUGCAACUAAAACAGAAAAAAAAUGGCUCUAGCUAAGGAAAAAUGUGAAUUUAAAAAAACAGCUCACCAAGAAAAUACCGUACUCCUGACAUUAUUGAUUGAGAAAGUAAAAGAAUUAACAAGUAUAAUGUAGUCCAUCGUUCCACAAUAUGUAGAUAAAAAUAAAAUAUACAUAUAUGCAA